GACCGCUCGACUCUUCUGAGGUCCCGCAUGGAGCAGCGUUUGGAGUCAGCGCGGUUCCGCUAUAUUAACGAGGUUCUGUACACCACGUCUAGUGGGGAGGCAAAACGCAUGUUCAGACAGGACCCCCAGGCUUUUAGCAUCUACCACAGGGGCUUUACGGCACAGGUCCAGCGCUGGCCAGCUAAUCCUGUCGACGCCAUCAUCUCCUACAUACGCCACAAGCCUGCCUCUCUGGUAUUGGCAGAUUUUGGCUGUGGUGACUGCAAAAUUGCUCUUAGCUUGAAGAACAAAGUGCACAGUUUUGACUUGGCACCUAUUUGUGACCGUGUAACUGUCUGCGACAUGGCUAAUGUACCGCUCAAGGAUGGUACUGUGGACAUAGCUGUAUUCUGUCUCUCUCUUAUGGGGACUAACCUUGGGGAUUUUCUAGUUGAGGCUAACCGUGUGCUGGUGAUGGGGGGUAUCCUGAAAAUUGCAGAGGUGGCAAGUAGAUUUGAGAAUGUGAGGAACUUCAUGGGUGCUUUGUCCAGCCUGGGAUUCAAGUUGGUCACAAAGGACACAGAGAAUAGCCACUUUUACUCCUUUGAGUUUGAAAAGAUUGCAGAAGCUUCAGAGAGGGUAAAUGCAGGAGGACUGGAGCUGAGGCCUUGUUUGUACAAGAAACGAUGAGGGCAACGGUGAUGAGAACAUGGGAGAAACAGUUUCAAACAUCUGUUCCAAAUGGCACUCUAUUCCCUUUAUACUACACUACUUUUGAACAGGGCCCAUGGGGCUCUGAUCAAAGGUAGUGCACUAUAUAGGGAAUAGGGUGCCAUUUGGGAUUCACCCCCAGGAGAGAAGUCAAGCAGGAAGGGCAGUAACAGAAAAUGUAUCUUCUACUGGAUGUAACUGUAAAAUGACUUUCAUAGAUGAGCUGGUGUUUUUGACCCCCAAACAAUGUAUCAAGGAUUGUUGAUAUUGUCAAUAACCUUUUGUGGACUUUCAAAUGUCUGUUUCAAAGAGAAAACAUGUUCAAAAGUUGUUGACAUCAUUGGUAUAUUUUUUAUUAAAUCAAAAAGGAAUUGUAUUGCA